GAUGCGUUGUACACAAAAACACUAAUCCGCGGACAUUAAUAAAAGCUCAUCUCGAUCUUGAUUCCAAUUGAUAGUUUCCAUUCGUUUGGUACGCAACGGGUAAGUGAUGGAAAUUCCGGCAGAAGAUUCUUAGUCAAGCUCUUCAGUGAAGCGCAGCGGAUAUUCAUAAUAAUUUUUAUUAUGGCAGAGUUAUCACACAAAAACAGAACCAUGUUGGAAAAAGUUGCAACGAAGGAAGGGUUCCAGUUUCCGGUGAAACCACCGGAUAGGACUUUUUGGCAAUACCUGUAUGAUAAGCGAACCCAUACUGUAAUGGAUCGUACGAAAGGCAGCUGGGCACGAUUGGCACUUUUCUACGCCGUUUACUUCAUCGUUUUGGGUGCCUUGACUUGGGCCUGUUUUCAAGGAUUGUUUGCAACACUCAGUGAUCAAUAUCCCAAAUAUCAGCUCGCGGAUUCUCUUAUCGGUACAAACCCUGGCAUGGGAUAUCGGCCCAUUCCGGAAGAUCCGGAAGAUGCAGGAUUUAUUAAAUAUCGAGCCAGAAACAAAACGGAGACAAAGUAUUGGGUGGGUCGAAUAAACAGUUAUCUGGAACCUUAUAAAAAUCUGUCGCUGCUUCCAAUGGGUGGUCAAAAUCAUGUGAAUUGUGAUUUCGAUAAGCCGCCAGCUUCUGGGGAAGUCUGUAAGGUUGAUAUAACAGCAAUGAGCCCCUGCACUUCCGAAAAUGGAUUCGGAUAUAAUCAAUCGUCUCCAUGUGUCAUCAUAAAGCUUAACAGAAUCUACGGUUGGGUUCCGGAGCCAUUUGAUGACGUGGAAGAUCUUCCCGAUGAAAUGCCACAUGAUUUGGUGGAACACAUCAAAUCAUUACCAGAAAAGAAACGGAACAAAAUUUGGGUUUCUUGUAAUGGCAUUUAUAGCUGGGAUAAUGAAGCAAUGGGACCCGUUUCAUACCAUCCAGAGCCAGGAAUUCCUGGCUACUACUAUCCGUACCUGAAUCAGCCCGGUUAUUUGAGUCCCAUUAUUGCGGUGCAGUUUGAGCGUCCAAAACUGAAACAGGCAAUAAACAUCGAAUGUCGAGCGUGGGCCAAGAAUAUGUUCUAUCGAGGAGGUUCUGCACAUAGACAAGGCUCGUUUGCUUUUGCUUUGUUAGUUGAAUGAUACUCUUUAAUCAACGCU